CCUCUCCCUCUCCCGUCCUCUUCCCCUCCCUGUCCUCCCUCUCCUCUCUCAGCUCCCUGACAUUAAAGAGAAAAUGCUGCUCUCAGUGACGUCCAGGCCUGGGAUUUCGACUUUGGGCUAUAACAAGAACAACAAGAAGCCGUAUGUAUCAUUGUCGCAGCAGAUGGCACCGCCCAGUCCAAGCAACGGCACCCCCAACAGCAGCAGUGGGGGCGGUGGGAACGACCAGCUGAGCAAAACCAACCUGUACAUCCGGGGACUGCAGCCGGGCACGACCGACCAGGACCUUGUGAAGCUGUGUCAGCCAUACGGCAAGAUUGUCUCCACGAAGGCCAUACUGGACAAGACCACAAACAAAUGCAAAGGCUACGGCUUUGUGGACUUCGACAGCCCUGCGGCGGCGCAGAAGGCCGUGGCGGCCCUGAAGGCCAGCGGCGUGCAGGCGCAGAUGGCCAAGCAACAAGAGCAGGACCCCACAAAUUUAUACAUCUCCAACCUCCCACUGUCCGUGGACGAGCAGGAGCUAGAGGGGAUGCUGAAGCCCUUCGGCCAGGUCAUCUCCACUCGGAUUCUUCGAGACACGAACGGGACCAGCAGAGGAGUCGGCUUUGCAAGGAUGGAGUCCACGGAGAAGUGCGAAGCCAUCAUCACCCAGUUUAACGGGAAAUAUAUUAAGACGCCCCCCGGAGUGCCAGCCCCAUCUGAUCCCUUGCUCUGCAAAUUUGCUGAUGGGGGACCAAAGAAACGACAGAAUCAAGGAAAGUUUGGGCAAAACGGACGGGCCUGGCCAAGGAACGGAGACAUGGGCGGUGUGGCCUUAACCUAUGACCCCGCCUCAGCUCUUCAGAACGGGUUCUACCCCGCGCCUUACAACCUCACCCCCAGCAGGGUGCUCACACAGUCUGCACUCUCCCCGUAUCUCCCAUCUCCGGUGUCUUCCUACCAGAGAGUGACUCAGGCGUCUCCGCUGCAAGUCCCUAACCCGUCCUGGAUGCACCACCAGUCAUACCUCGUGCCGCCCUCCGGUUCCGUCCUGACACCGGGCAUGGAUCACCCCAUUUCUCUCCAGCCAGCCUCCGUGAUGGGACCCCUGACCCAGCAACUGGGCCACCUCUCGCUCAGCAGCACGGGCACGGCCACCCUUGAACUCAAGCCUACCCUCCUGCCUCAGCCUCCCAAGUGCUGGGACUUCAGAUGUGCACCGCACUGGAAGUUCUCAGAAUGCUUUGAAGAUCCUAGUGCCCAGUAUGUGCCGACAGCUGCAGCUAUGCAUGGAGCUUACGUCUCCCAGUACGCACCCGUGCCUGCUUCCAGCGUUUCCGUGGAGGAGAACAGCGGCCACCAGAGCCAAGCGGCGGUGGAGACGCCCUCGGAGCCCGGGGUCUACGCCUUCCAGUUCAGCAAGUAGCGCGCCGAGCCUGCCUGCUUACCCCCUCACAGUUUUUAACUUCGUGAACUUCUUGGAAUGAAAUUUCGUGUGGAGUGUGGGGUGGUGCUGGCGAGGAGCGAGCUAGAACGCUGAGCCGCCGCGCAGGCGGCCUUCCGUCUGCCCCAGGAGGGCUGUGGGCGCAGAGACGACCGCACGGCCUUCGCAAGCCGCCCGUGCGCCAGGCGCGGCUGAGGAGCAGCCUUUCCCGCGGUGCGGACGGCGCCCUGUGCGGAAGCCGCGGGGCCCUGCUCGGCCCUGAGGACCGAGGGGCUGCGCCCCCGCUGGGAGCCGAGGCCGCGUCUUCACCCGCGGAGCGCGGUUCUGGGCCGGGGUGGCUUUGCUCCCCAGGGCCUGUGGUCCUGGCCGGGACGUUUCUGACGGCCGUGCCUGGGCCGGCGCGCGUGCUGCGGGCAGACCCACCGUGCGCAGGGCACCCCCGCGCCCCGGCGAGGAGUCGUGCCCGAAGUGCGUGGUGCCAGGGCGGCGGCCUCGGAUGCAGACCGCGCCCCUCGCGUUCCCGGGUUCUCCGUCGGCCCGUCCGCGGCGGAGGCCUUGCCGAGGCCGGCCGGAGCGCUCCGCACCGCGCUGCCCCGGAGAACCGGGACCUCAGACAUCGUUUUCUGGAGCUGGCUGUGUUGGCGCAGGCCGAUUAUCCCAGCACCUGGGAGGCUGAGGCAAGAGGACUGCACGUACAAGGCCAGCCUGGGCUACGCGGGAUAGACCCUGCCUUGGAGAAAACCAAAGAGAGCGAGCUUCCUCCUCGGGAGGGACAGCGGAGCGGGACCGCGACCCCACGCCCGCCCCGCGCUUCCUCUCCCGGAGACCGGCUGCGCUGGAGGCAGGACGGAGGGCCCUGCCCGUCUCCCCGAGAACUGCGCCUCUUGCGGCCUUUCGGCUCCACCGGGCACCGCCGCAGUGGGACGAGCGCGCGGCCGAGGGUGUGGCGGGGCCUGGCAGGCGCUGCGGGCAGAGGCGACAGCGGAGGUGGCUGCAGCUCCCGCUCAGCAGCGGCGCACAGGUCUUCCUCCGCGCAGGGCUGAGAGGCCUGUCUUCCCUUUGCCCUCUGUCCGCCCGUGGGGUCAGGGGGUGGGGCUGGGGCAGCGAAUGGGACUGAAAAACUGAGGACCAAAAUCGGCCAUUUCCCCCUUGGUGCUUCCAACUGCAGAAGAGCUUAUUCCGUAUAAGAGCCCCACUCAGUAUCCCGCUAGGGUUCGGCUGGACAAACGGCUGUCUCUGAGUUCCGCACUGUCAGUAAAGGGAAGUCUACCACAGCUACCGGCUGGUCAGCGGCCCUUGUUUGUAGCAGGGUCUUACCGUGUAGCCCAGGCUGGCUUCAAAUUUCAGAGGACCCUCCUGCCUCAGCCUCUGAAUGCUGGGGUCACAUGUGUGCUGUGACCACCACUCCCGGCUGUCAGUGGCCUUAGAGAGAGAAAGCAAGGCCAGAGCUGUGUCCAUUUGACAAGGGCGGGGGGCUGCUGCUGACCGGCUCACCGGGGCACCUGUCCUGAUGGAAGCCGCCCGUGGCACUCCUGCCCCUCCUCCGCCUCCGGGAACUCUUGCUUCUGUCUUUUUGUACCUAAAAAAGUGUUUAAAUGACUGUAGGUUUUUUGGUUUUGUGUUAAAUGUUGAAGUUCCUUCUGAGGGUCUGCGUGACUCUACUUGCUAGGCUGUGCUCGUGGGAGACCGGCGUGGCCGGGUCGGGGCGUGGCAGUGAGCAGGAGCCCCGGCUGUUGUAACGGUCAAGGGCACACAGGAGGUUCUUUAGGUGCUUUUCGCUGGAAAACAGCCCUGUUUCUCCCGUCGUUGAGUCCAGUUCCGGGAAGGGGGGCUGGGACGGAGGGCAGUGAUGGGGCGCCGCUGCUCCCGUGAGCUGGCGGCGCUGCAGCGCCCCUGAACCCCGCUCCCACUCCCCUGUGCCUCUCGGCCCGAAGCCUUACAGCCGAUACUGUUGUUUGGGGGCGGCUCUGGGGAGUGAGCCCGGGGCCUCUGCUACAUCCCCAGCCCCUUUUUAUUUUGAGACAGCGCCUCGCUGAGUCACUAAAUUGCCCAGUCCGGCUGUGGCUUGAGACCCUCCUGCCUCAGGGUGCCGGGUUGCCGGGUUACCGGUGGGCACCCCCGAGCCCGGCCGGGGCUGAGAGCCGCCUUCAAGGGUGCUGCUUUUCAGGCAGACGCCCCAGGACCGGGCAGCGCUGCUCCGCCCGCUGCGCAGGCUGAGGGCCUUGCUCGGAGGGCCUGGGGCCGAGGGGAGCGCCUGCACAGCCGAGAGCGAGCGCAGCCCCCGCCGUCCUCGCCCGGCCUGCCGCACCCCCGGUCGCCCUGCCUUAGCCGGGAGCACCCCCCGUGGGCGGCUGCCGGAGCCGGCCGUGGCUGGGCGUGGCCCUGAAACCCUGUGCCAACGGCUCGGUUGUGUGCGGCCCAUCUUUAUUAGCGGGCUCCUGAAGUUCAGGGGGCUUUUCUGCUGCCUUUUCUUUCUUUUUAAACAAUGGGCAUCAUUCUUUUUUUCCGUACCAGGACUCCAACCCAGGGCCUUGUGCUUGCCAGGCCGGCGCUGUGCCGCUGCGCUGUGCCCCGGCUGGCGUCGUCCUGCUGCUGGGCUCGAGCCUGGGGCCCAGCACGUGCUUUGCCGCAGCCGCCCGCGGCGCUCCGCCACCCGCCGGGCCUUCCCUUCCGAAGAGCAGCGCUGUCUGCCGCAGCUCCUGCAGGGGCUCCGCCCCGGGGCCUCGCCGGCCCACCACCCCCCGCGCGCCUCUGCCCCUGUUACUUUAUCUACCUCACUGUCCCACGGCAGCAGGGGCAUAAGCGCCUGGCGCUACUGGCCUUCUCUCCCCGAGUUAGGAAGCUGGGGGCUGGAAAGGCCUCGAACAAAUGCACAAACUCCGGCUGUCUGUCUGCAGAGUUGGCUCCCUGAGCACCCUAGAAGGCGCGGGCCGGAGUCGCCCUGCACCAGACUGCUCUGUGGCCGCCGCGGGGCUGAGGAGGUAACCCAGCACCCAAGGGAGCUCGUGGCUUUCACAGGGCGGGAGGCAGAAGCUCCUUCUCUAGCGCAAGGCCCAGGUGGCUUCCGGCGCUCAGGAGACAAAGAGCCGGGGGGUGUGAGACCUUCCCAGCCCGAGAGGACCCUUUCCGCCCCUCCUGCUGUCCGAACCCCGAACACGCGGGCGGCUCGCAGGUGGGGCUGUCGCAUGCACUCGUCACCCCGGGACGAAGGAAGUUAAUUUAUACUUAAAACACAUUUUGUACAUUUUUUCUUACCCAGAGAUGUCUAGUUUUAUACUCUUCUGUGUCUACGCCAAUGCUGCCCUUUCAGCGCGUGCUUCCUGGACCCCUGGUCUGCCCGGUUUUCCCUGUAAUUUGAUAAGAUUCAUUUUGUUAUUAUUAUUUUUUUUUUUUCUUAAAAAAA